UGGGUAUCUUAGCAGAGCUGAAGAGGAGGCAAGGUGGUGGAGAACGUGGAGGACUCGAGCUGGCGCACGGAGACCGCGGCUGUCAUUGCUCUCCGAGCAUCCUGGAGGUUUCCCAAGUGGACGAGCCUGGCCUUUCGGAAGCUGCAGGUGCAGCCCCAGAACGGGGGUCUUUCGAAGCGCUCGUGAAGCCUCACAUCCUGGGCGAGCGUUCAUCAUUUAGCACAAAGCACGUUUCCAAAAAGCCGCGCUACGGAAAGUGCCGGGGCCGCGCUCCCUCGCACAACCCCUCUUUUCCUUUGUUUCGGGGGGUCGACACGCCACUCGCCUCCCCAAGUCUGAAUUCUUCGCAAGGGGAGGGACGUGGAGUGCAGGCUGUGAAGAUGCCCCUGGAGCUGACUCAGAGCCGGGUACAGAAGAUCUGGAUCCCGGUCGACCACCGUCCCUCGCUGCCUAGAUCCUGUGGGCCGAAGCUGACCAACUCCCCGACAGUGAUCGUCAUGGUGGGCCUCCCAGCCCGGGGCAAGACCUACAUCUCCAAGAAGCUGACUCGCUACCUCAACUGGAUUGGCGUCCCCACGAAAGUGUUCAACGUCGGGGAGUACCGCCGGGAGGCCGUGAAGCAGUACAGCUCCUACAACUUCUUCCGCCCUGACAACGAGGAGGCCAUGAGAGUCCGAAAGCAGUGUGCCCUUGCUGCCUUGAGAGAUGUCAAAAGUUACCUGACGAAGGAAGGGGGCCAAAUUUCAGUUUUUGAUGCCACCAAUACUACUAGAGAGAGGAGACACAUGAUCCUUCACUUUGCCAAAGAAAAUGAUUUCAAGGUGUUUUUCAUCGAGUCGGUGUGCGACGACCCUACAGUUGUGGCCUCUAACAUUAUGGAAGUGAAAAUCUCCAGCCCAGACUACAAAGACUGCAACUCAGCAGAGGCGAUGGACGACUUCAUGAAGAGAAUUAGCUGCUACGAAGCCAGCUAUCAGCCCCUCGACCCCGACAAAUGUGAUAGGGACCUGUCCCUGAUCAAGGUGAUCGACGUGGGCCGGCGGUUCUUGGUGAACAGAGUUCAGGACCACAUCCAGAGCCGAAUCGUGUACUACCUGAUGAACAUCCACGUGCAGCCCCGCACCAUCUACCUGUGCCGGCACGGCGAGAGCGAGCACAACCUCCAGGGGAAGAUCGGGGGGGACUCGGGCCUGUCCAGCAGGGGCAGGAAGUUUGCCAACGCCCUGAGCAAAUUCGUGGAGGAGCAGAACCUAAAGGACCUCAAGGUGUGGACCAGCCAGCUGAAGAGUACCAUCCAGACGGCAGAAGCCCUCCAGCUUCCCUACGAACAGUGGAAGGCGCUCAACGAAAUCGAUGCUGGUGUCUGUGAGGAGAUGACCUACGAGGAGAUAAAGGACACCUACCCUGAGGAGUACGCUCUGCGUGAGCAGGACAAGUACUACUACCGGUACCCCACGGGGGAGUCCUACCAGGAUCUGGUGCAGCGCCUGGAGCCCGUGAUCAUGGAGCUGGAGCGGCAGGAGAACGUGCUGGUCGUCUGCCACCAGGCCGUCCUGCGAUGCCUGUUGGCCUACUUCCUGGAUAAGAGCGCAGAGGAGAUGCCUUACCUGAAAUGCCCGCUUCACACCGUCCUGAAACUGACUCCAGUCGCUUAUGGUUGCCGUGUGGAAUCCAUCUACCUGAAUGUGGAGUCAGUGAACACUCACCGGGAGAGGUCAGAGGACGCAAAGAAGGGACCUAACCCACUCAUGAGACGCAAUAGUGUCACCCCACUAGCCAGCCCCGAGCCCACCAAAAAGCCUCGCAUCAACAGCUUUGAGGAGCAUGCGGCCCCUGCCUCCGCUGCCCUGCCCAACUGCCUGCCCCCGGAGGUGCCCGCACAGCUGCCCGGACAAAACGUGAACGGCUCGCAGGGCAGCGCCAACUCCUCCGGGACGCACUGAGGCAGACCCGCUGGUUCGUUCCAUUUCCUUUCCUGCAGCUUAGGUAGGGGCUCUUCCAUCCGCCUGAGGCCAGCGGUUCCAAGGACUUCUCCCAGAACGGAGCGGGGUGGCAUAGAAGAGGGGUCUGCCGGUCAGAGUGAACCCGUGCCCCCCACAGCAUUGGGGUGGCCGCGACCCCAGCAUGCCUUUCCCGCGUGUGCCCAGAGUCCAUGCUUCCGCGUGCAGCCGCAGCCACCCGCACCCCAGCCCUCUCUCCGCUGUCCAGGGCUGAGUGUCUCACUGACUCUCCACAAGGCUGGGUGAGGACGGUGAGCUGUGGAGGAGGUGAGAGAAGGCCGUGAGGAGGGGCUGUCGGACACCUCUGUGCUGUUUUAUUUUGUUUCACUUUUGUGACUGUGGCCUGGAAUGUUCUCAGCUGGGGAGGUGACACUGGUCCCAGAAUCCUGAAAUUAAAGGGGCCUAAAUCCCAGCUGCUGGAGGUUCAGGGAUGUCGAAAACUUUCACAAGGCUUGUUCGUGCAUCUUGGCCUGGGUCGUUGACUUGGGAAGAAAGGACGCGUGCUGGAAUGGGGCUGGCCAGGAGAGCCGGUCUGGAGGUGCAGACAGAAGCCCCUGAGCUGGACUUGCUGGUCAGCUGAGCAGUGGCCCUCCGCAUGUCCACACACCUUCCCAGGUCUGUGCUUGGCCUCUGAAGAUGCUGAAGGACCAUCUGACUGUCAGCAAGAGGAAAUAGCACCACGGCCUCACCCUCCGGUGGAGCUAUGUGGUCCCUCCACUCUCAGGCCUAGAUCAGAGGCCCCUGAGAGGUGGCUCUCCUGGGGCUGCUUGCUUUUGCACCAUUUUUUCUGGCAGAACAUGUGACCUGAAAGUCACACCUUCUCUUCAGGAACUUAGAUGUUUGGGUUUUGUGCCCUGCGGGCUCGAGUGUGAAAGAAAGUGGGGAGUUGGGCCUUGCCCACAAGAUGAGAGACUCAAAGGGAUUCCAGGGGUGCUGGCUGGAACCUGCUCUCAGAUCGGUGGGAGGACAGCUCUGGGAGACAGGGAGACAGCGUGGAGGAGAACAAAGAUCCGGCCUCCUUCCUUCAGGACGUCCCUCACCUCCCUAAUUUGCCAGAUGGGGACAGCGGCCCUCACUCUAGGCCACUUCCUCCAAGAGGCUGUUCAUGGUGUCCCUGGAGUGAGCUGUCGUACACUUUCACAGAGCACCUGCCGUGUGCCUGGCAUGGUGUUAGGUUCCUUGGGGAACGUCCUCUCCGUUCAAAGUAAGGGUUUGGGGACACGUGAUGAUGCUCAGCACCUGUAGUUUCUACCUGCUGGUUUCUCCUUGUUGCCUCCAGGUCCUGGGGGAGGAAAGGGGUGUCCUGAGGCCCAGAAGAAACAAUUUGGAGAUCCAGCAUUUGUCCAAAUAACGCUUUGAGAAUCUUUCUAAAAGCUGGUGCCAAAGGUCUCUUUCCUGUCUGCCCUCUGCUUUCGAGCCUCACAUCCUUGCCCCUCUCAGCCCUUGAAACAGCUGAGAGUGGGCGGGGCAGGCUUGGACAGUGGAGCUGGAAGUGGAGAGAACAGCUAUUUUUGUUUCUGAGCGGAGCUCCUCGAGAAUGUACAUUUCUCUGGUUGGGAUUAUGUGGGAAAUGGAACACGCUUCAGAUACCCUACAAUCAAGUUGGAGGUUUUCACACCAAAUCACUCAAUCCCUACCCCCCUGCUUGUCAGUCUGCCUGAGAGGGGGUCUGUAUGUACAGUCUGUGCCACCGAAGACCUGGGUUAUUUUCCCUGUUUCCCGCUGUCUUGAGUCUAGUGGACUCAAGUAUAUGUGUGUAGGUUGGUCAUAUAUUUAGACACAGGGGCCUGCAGUUCUGCUCUUGACAAUGACCUGAUUGUGUCCCACCUUCUGGACUUCUCUCUCUGGAGAAGCUCUAACUUCUCUCUCUGGGUGUCAGCGCUAACUCUGAUUCUUGACUCCCACCAGACGGUUUGAGUGGGGCCGUGUGAAGGUGCUUCUCUCCCCCUGCCAUCUGAAGUCACUACAGACUUACAUGGAGCCUUGCCUACCACGGGACAUGGUUUGCAAGGGCUGAGGUGGGGAGGUGGACACAAACGGAUGGGGAGGGGGACCUCGGAGGGUGGGAUGCUGCUGAGGUGAAAGCCGGUGGUCUGACCCAAGGAGGCGUUGGAUGGAGUUGCAGUCAUGAACCAGUGUUUUGCCUCUGACCCUCCGCCCCUGAAAAAUAUCUGGGACCAAUGUUUUUAACUUUGCAUCUUCGUUUUGGGGUGGGCGUAACCCUCUCUGUCCUUUUUCUGUCCUGAGACCGUGGAUGAUAUUCUUUGUGUAGGGGGAGGAGACAAACUGUUUGAACCACACCAAUGAUGAUUUCGUUUGUGAUACUUGAAAUUUAUUUUUUUAUUAUUUUGAUAGCAUAUGUGCUAUUUAUUUAUUUAAUGUGUAUAAGGGAACCUGAAAACAGAAAGCUUUUUAGACUGGGUUUAUUGUUCCUUGGUUGGUGUGGGGCCUUCUUUGUGUGACCUACAACUUCUCUGCAUUCUGUAUAUCUGGAUUAAUUACCUGGGAUGAAGCUGUACCAGCUUUCAGACAGGGGCUGCCUUUCAGAAAUUUGUAUAUUUUGCAGUUGCCAGAACAAUAAAAUACCUGAUUGAAAUACA